GGAAACGCCCUUUGAACCGGCAGAGCUUGUGGAGCAGCGGGCCUGGAGACGUAUGGUUACCGCACUUGGAGGUCUUCAUGUUUCACUCAAAGUGAAGUUGCUGAAAAAGACAUCAUGGCCCCAACUUUGCCUCUAGAUCAAAUUUAUCUGUCUGAACUGGAUAAAAAGACUGGGAAAACACAACAGUUACCAGCAUUGCACCCAAGCAGGAAAGAAGAAUGUUACUUUGUGUUGUAUAAGCCUCCACCUCAAGAUGACACACCAGCUCUGGUGGAAGAAUUUCUGGAACGUGCAAAUUUCAUUGCCAGUGAUCUUGAUUGGUUGCUCUCUCUCCCUCAUGAUAAAUUUUGGUGCCAGGUUAUUUUCGAUGACUCUCUCCAGAAAUCUUUGGACUCUUUCUUGCGUUACACACCUCGUCGGUUUGACGAAAUGGAGAAUUCAAAUCCAGCCAUAGCAGAAAUGCAAAAACGCCUUCAUCGCAAUAUUUUUAUGACCUUUCUUAGGAUGUCCACCCACAAGGAGUCCAAAGAGCACUUCAUUACACCCAGUGUUUUUGGAGAAAUUAUCUAUGAUGGCUUUCUCUUUGACAUCCCAAAAAUCUUUGACUUGUGCGUAAUAUUUGGAAAAGGAAAUGCUUCUCUUCUUAAGAAGAUGAUUGGAAAUAUUUUUAACCAGCAGCCGAAUUAUUUUAAUGAUCUGAAUGAAACAGUGCCCACAAUCCUCCAGGUUUACAGUAGCAUCUGUGAGAAGUGUGGCUUAAAAUUGGAAAAUUAUUCCAAUUGCCCUCAAAAGAUUGAUAGUCAAACCAAAGUUUCACCCAUGGAUAUGCCUCUCCAGGAGUUUAAGGAUGUUUUGCUGUAUCUAUGUGAUACAUGCACUACGUUGUUUGCAUUUUUGGACAUUUUCCCUGAAGCUAGUAAGACAUUCCAAAGGCAUGACUUUAUACAAAGAUUGGCCUCGUUUUAUGAACUAAUUAUCCCUGAACUAGAAAACACAAUUAAAAAGAGGCGAUUUGAAGAAACUAGUUUGCAGAAUGACUUGUGGAGGAGGCUCUCGCACUCAAGGAAGAAAAUUAUUGAAACUUUCCAUCACAUCAUUAAUUACAUGUGCCUUCAACCUAUAUUAGAAAGUGGGUCUGAGCAUAGUCUGACUUUCAUAGAAGAUUUCCUUCAGAUCUUUACUGCUCUGCUACACCAAAAGAGAUUUUUGACCGACUAUGAUGAGCAGUUUCCACUGGCAGAUGAUAUCAGCCUUUUACAACAGGCAUUUCCUGCACUUGAUGAAACCAGGACAUCUUAUAUCAUCAAAGCCGUUGACAGUGCCUGGGAGGCCUGUAGCAGGAAGAAACCUAUCUUUGCCACAGGAAAUUCUCAAAUUUCAAGUACCUCUGUUACCUCUCAGGUUUCAGCAGUAAAUGGUGAAAUGGACCAAGACCUCAAACAGCCAGAAUAUGAAAAUGAUGAUUGUGGUGCAGGUGCAGCUGCAGCAAAGGUAACAGGAGUAGAGCUGGAAUCUUUACUUUCUCAAGUGAAGGAUAUUUUACCACACCUUGGGGAAGGCUUCAUCCUUGAAUGUUUGGAAGAAUACAAUUAUGACACAGAAAAAGUAAUCAAUAAUAUCCUUGAAGAUAAAAUACCGCCUUCACUUCAAAAAAUAGACCAAUCUCUUCCAAGGCAGGUGAAACAGAACCAGGAGUCAGUUCUUUCAACAAGACGAAAUGUUUUUGACUAUGAUGAGUUUGAUGUUUACAACAGAAAUACUGUAGACCUGAGCAAGAUCUGGAAAGGCAAGAAAAAAGGAGAAAAUGCAAAAGCAUUGCUUGAUGAUAAGACUCAUAUUGCACAACAAAAAGAAAGAUAUAAUGCUUACAGUAUAGUCGUAGAGAAUGUGCCAGUAGAAGAUGGAGGUCAGUUUUAUGCGGAUGGCUAUGAUGACGAAUACGAUGACACAUAUGAUGUUAAUCAAAUUGGAGCAAAUGACGUGGAUUCUGAUGAUGAACUUAUCAGCAGAAGACCAUUUACGAUCCCUCGUGUUUUGCGACAGAAAGAGGAAGUAGAAGAGGAAGAGGAAGCUGAAGCUGAAGUACCAAAGGAGGAAGGGCCAAAGAGGGAUCUAUUUGUACAAGACCCAGCGUUGCUAAGGGAAAAGGCUGAGGCAAGGCGUGCCGCUUUCUGUGCCAGAAAAGGGAUCAAACGUGACAAUGCUGCUGUUACAGGAACUGCAAAGGGCCAGGGACAAUCAAAAGAAACACUAAUAGAAAGAAGAAAAAAAGAGGCUAAUAAAUCUCUUCGAGCCAAUCAUAAUCGACGAUCCCUAGCAGAUAGAAAGCGGAACAAAGGAAUGAUUCCAACUUCUUUUUAGUCAUUAUUUCUUCUUAACUUUUCCUUCCUCUCUCUCCUGUUCUAUUCUUAAGAAUUCUCGACCUUUUAUCACCACUUUAAUCAAGAGCUGUGUAAAUUGGACCCUUAUUUUUCAUAAUGUUCUUUCUCAGGCAAGAGGAGCCAAACAUAUUGAAUAAUAAUACAUGAAUUUACUUUCUUCUUCUUCUGGACAGAGUUUCACUCCCUUGAGUAUUUUGCUGCAGAAUCUCAGUCUUGCCAGCUGACAAACGUGGUGGCCAGAUCUGAGUGUCAGUCAAAAUUAGAUUUCAGUGAUGCAGGUAGAAUAACAGCUAUUCCUUUAAUGGAAUAUUUUUUGUCUUCGCUGACAUUUAAAAAUUUCUCUAUAUUACAGUGUCUUCACUUAUUUGGCUGCAUAUGUUUCAAUCUAUGAUUCAGAAUGAUGCAUCUUUAAUACAGCUGCCCAUUAUUGCUAGACCAUGCUACAAUUAAAUAUUUUCAAGAAAAAAAGUUUAUCGUUUUUUCAUCCUUCCCGUUUUUUUAGAUGCACUAGUGUCAUGUAUUAUUUAACAUCCAGAAGUUUCCUCAUUCUGGUUUCAAGACCAGUCAUUGGUGCCAGGUUUGACCUGGCUCUGUUAGAGACAGCUCGGCAGUGUUGGGUACCUGGGCUAUUGGAAAUCUUUUUCUUGUCUGUUGAAGUCUUGACUUGGAGACAUAGAAAGGAUGCAGAUAUCCUUUGCAUAAUCAAUUUGCACAUUGAUGAACCAAAAUGAACACUUGAUGAGAAUAUUAAUGCAAAUGUGAAAUUAGGAUCGAAAUAGAUAUAUCACCAUGUCGUGGGGAAGUAUUUCAGCACACAGGCAGUAGGUAAUGCACACAGUUCAGAAUUCCUCAUGUUGGCAAUUGAUAACUUGUCAGUUAUCUAUUGCACUGAAUGUGCUUGAUUUGUGGAGUUUGUUAUGGUUUGUACUAACCAGUGGUAUUUACAUAAUCCACACUUAAUUACAACCAAUUCAUUUGCAGAGUUUAAUGUGUGAUGUAAAUACAGCAACCAUUUUCAAAUAAAUUCUGAGCCACCA